GAUGACAACACAAAAGUUUUUCGUUGUUCAUAUCAUCAUAUUUAAGUUAAAUCGUUGCUAUUAAAUUCGUUGAAUAUGAUGAACAUGUUUUAAGUGUUGAAACUACCACAUGUCGCCAUAGUUUGCUGUAUGCGUUGUUGCUGCGUUUCCACAGCCGUUGCCGCUCGGUCCGUGGUGGUUUUGUCAGCAACAUGGUGACCCACAAUGUUGUUUUUCUCAUCGAUGUGGACCUCCGGCGACAGGAACCUGACCCCACGGUGCUGCUCCUCAAACAAGGUGUGCUCAGGACCCUCAUUUAUUUCGGCACACGGUUCGGUUUCGAUAAAGUGCGUUGGGGUUAUAAAUUCUUCCACUCACAAGCGGGUCGGAGCGCUAACCUUAUUUCUAGAGGCUCCAACUUCAAGGAGCUUGGAGAGAAGAUGUUCGAGGAGUUUGAGAUGGAGAUCGCCAAGGUAACUGAGAAACCCCGGAGAAAUGGGUGUCCAAGAUCGAUUCGUUGGGCUGGAUCUAUCCAGACUGCCCUAAAGGAAACCUUGUUAGACUUCCAGUGGGACAGGCCAGACAUUACUUCUCCUGCCAAGUUGGCACUUCGGGCAGUUAGGUCAAGAAGAUCUUGCAAGACCAUUUCCUCAGAAGAGGACCUGUCAACCAAGAGUAAAAACGUGUUAUUUCUUGUUUCGGAGUGUCCACACUCCAAAGAGGACUUUGAAGGUUUUGUCCCAAAUACUGGUGUAGAGAGAGAGUCCCUCGGGGAAGUGUCUGAGCUGAUUCUUCCCAGGAGUCUUCGGGAUCUGAUGGCCCAGAAUCAAGUGGUGCUCCACUGGGUUGAUUCCAGCCUUUAUAGUCAGGUCAUGAGUUAUACAGAUCAUGUUGGUUAUGAGGCCCUGUCAUCAGCGCUUCUUCAACAAGGAGGGAGCAUGUUGCCCUUGGCUGCUCUGCUCUGGCUCUGUAACCCAGAGGUUGGUAAAUUGUGGAAACAGCAGCCUGGACUAGAUGCCUGUGGAGCGGCCCAUCUCCAUGCAUGGCCAGAAGAAGGCUUUCCUUUCGAUUCCAGCAUGGGAUAUCUCCUAUCAUCCCAGCAGCAUUACCGCAUGGCCUUCCCUAUCCAGGAAGGUGUCCUUCGGUGGGGAGAAGUGACCUGCAAUGUUUCUGUGGAGCCUGUAUCCCCUGGACUCCACAAGUUGUGUUGUCCUGUUAGCAUUACCCUGAGUGGUGUCCUACAGGAAUGGAAGUCUAGCUUUUCCAUGGACAGCAUUUUGGCCUGCUGGCUGCUGCAGCAAAGACCUCAAAGCAUAUUGGAAAAUGCUGAGGAUGGCAUGGCUUUUCAUCACCUUCUGAGGGAGCUUUCUGCCCAGGCCUUCCCAAUGUUUGCAGAGGUCAGUGAUGGAGACAUGACCCACACAGCAGUGUUCGCUCCCCUGUCCACAUCUACGGCCCUGCUGUUUGUAGUUCGUCUCCAAGAUACCUACCUUGAGGAAGUUCUGUCUACAAAUCCCAUCUCAAUGGCCACUGCUAUGCCAUCCACAGACUUGCCUGAUGUUGUUAGUAGCGUUCUGAAUGUGGUGUAUGAUAUAAUGGAGGAUGACGACAAGGAAGAGAGUCCUAAUGGCCAGGGUAACAGUCCUGUUCCAGAAUGGGUACACCACGAGCUCAGAACCUGUGCAGGGUCAUUUCCAGCAGUGCUGUUUGAAACCUGGUUCCCUUGGUCUGACCAGUCAGGGGUUAGUUCUCAACUAAUGGAGUCAAUAAGGCUAUUUGCGGAACCAGAGGAGGGGGAACCGGACCACAGUGAUGAAAGUCAAUUGGAUUUGACAGAGGCACUGUCAGAGCUCUACCAGGGGAUCCCUGCUGAGGCAUCCAUUGACAAGAGAGGCACAAAACGCGGUGCCCAGCGCACACCAGUGAGGCAGAAGAUGAAGACCAUGAGCCGUUCUCUCCAGAUGCUGAAUACAGCACGGCUCAAUGUGAAGGCCCAGAAGAGUCAGCUCGAUGAUUCUUCAGGAGCAGAGAGAGGUCCUGACAGAAUGAGGAAGAGGUGGUCUGGAAAUACAUCAAAACAUCACCAUACUGCCCCCAAUUUUAAGAGUGAAGAGGAGCUUUUAUCCCACCUUAAACUGACUUACCAGGAAAUGGUGCUUAAGAGAGACUCUUCCCUAAUCACUGAAGUCCAGAAUUUUUUUGCUCUUGUGAAAACUUUCCUGAAGGUUUCUCCUGACACUGAGGUGGGUUCUUCAGGCUUAAUCCAACAGAACAUACUGAAGUCCAGCAAAUCUCUUCGCCAGCAGUAUGAAAAUUCUUCUGAUACAGACAGCAAGCUCCGAGAGUGUCAGCUGCAAGCCAUUCUAAGACUGGAGGUGUGCAGAUCUCGGUUACCAGAAGCACAGAUGGAGGUCCUCGACAAUGUGACAGAAGAGGUGGCCGACAUGCUUCGAAUUAUCUCCUUAACCAAAGACCCAAUUUACCUCUCAAAGUUCCUCGAAGACAUCCUUCCAGUGUACCAGAAUGUCAUCCCCAAGAUCCUGGCAGAUGUGUAUCAUAGCUUGGGCAUACAGUUACCAGAAGCUCUGGCCUUGGUACUGCCCUCUGAUUUCUUCAGUGAUGAGUCUUUGGUGCGGGAGAGCACUUCACCAGUUGCCUCUCAGGACCCUGUGUCAGAUGCUGGCCAGCAGCUGGAGGAACUAAGGGACCGCUCAGCAAAGAAGAGGAAGAGUGGGAAGCUCACCCGCCAUCUAAGCACAAGUGAUGCAACUCAAAGUCUUCGUCAGAUUGAGAUACCCAGGAAGUCUUUGCGAGUGCAGGCCAAGUCUCAGCCUAGCUCUGCCCCAGAAGAGCCAUUCAAGCAGCCUGUCCAAGAAGUUACAAAAGUCAGAAGAAACUUGUUCAAACAGCAAGUAACAUCCCCUAGGAAGACAUUCUCUCGCAGCCGGUCGGUAUCUGCUGUAGAAGGGUCAAAGCACAAACAUCUGCAUGCCAAAGAUGGUACUGUUUCAGCUCGCCACACCCUGCUGACCAAGAAGGUGGCAGAGACACCCAUCCACAAACAAGUGUCCAAUCGGCUUCUCCAGAGACAAAGGGCAGGGAGGAAAUCGGACCCUUCAGAUCUUUGUGUAGUAGAAGAGUCUCCUAUAAAGCAGAGUGACUUAAGGAGAAGCCCAAGGAUAAAGAGCUUGUCCUUCACCAGACGACAUUCAUUUUACUCCAGUUCCCAGGGCCGUUCCAGGAAUAUGGAGAGAGCCCUCAUGUCCUCACAGUUUUCUGCCAGUGGCAGCCAGACAGGUUUGGUCAACAUUCAGACAAUCAGGUCUCCUGUGCGACUGCUUUUUGGAGAGGCCCAUUCCCCCCAUCGCUCACAUUUACUAAGACAGGGGAUAUCCUUACAUAGUACGAGGGAGCAGCGGCAAAACUCUGCUGACUCAGAAGUAUUUGAGGUAAAGAAUCCAAAAAGGACUCCCAGCCGCACCCCCUGUAAACGACAGCGAUCAAGCAGUGGAAUCAAGACACCUAAGAAGUCUCCACACACCCCUUUGAAGAUGAGCCCUGAGGUGGGCUUUGCCAUAGGCAGGGAUGGAAUAGUGUUGCGGGGAAGCCCCUUCCGGUCUACAGCCCAGAGAGCCCCUCACAAAAACAGUCAUGCUGAGACAAAUGUCAGGGCUGCUUCUGUAUGUACUGGGAACAGCCGAUCCCCUGGAGUCCCAUCUGAGAUGGCAGCUAGUGGCAUCACUUGGUCACCAUCAUCCCAGGGAAUUAAAGUGGAAGGUGCAGCUUUUGUAUUUAAAGUGCCAGAUUCCCCCUCUGUGUCCAAUCAAAGUUCUCCACAGUUGUUAAGGAUGCCCAGCAAGGUAGAUGGGCUGAAUAGGUGUGGUCUCUUCAAAACCCCAGAAAAGCAAAUGCAGGGGGCAACCCAAUGCUCUCCCAGAAUAGCUCCUGGCAGCCCCAAGCUGAAAACUCCUGGAACAGGGGAAAAAACUCCAAAGAAGAGUAUACGCCAGAGGUCUUCAGAGCGGCUGGCAAAGAAAUUAAGUCCCAUGGGAAGAGUCCAGACAGUUCCCUCAAAAAUCUAUCUGACACAACCCUCACCCCAGGCCCUCUCUCCACUGAAGCAUGUACUGCAAACUCCCCAGAAGAGUCCUCUAUUUGCUGUUCCAGUACUUAUGUCCUCAAGGACCAGCGCUGCUACGUAUACUUACCCUGCAGCCCUGUGUUGCACCCCUGGAGCCAACGCAGUUAUGCCUAGCAAGAAGUGUUCAACAAAUGAUGGUCUGGAAAGUGUGCUUGAGUUCUCUGACAUUAUGUACCCAGCUGACGCUUCUUCCUCUUUAUUUAAAAGUCUUGGGGAGGCAGAAACAACUCAUGUCAGGAAAAAGACCGUGAGCUCAGACCACUGUGAGGCUGCAGUUCCUCAUGAUAGUGAGUCAUUGAGUCAGACUGGUGAGGUGAAGGCAGAACUAGUUUCUUUGCUGCAGCCAGAGUCCUCCCAACUUGACACUUACUCAUCCCAGGCCACUACAGAGGAUAACAGUAUUGAUAUCUCUGAAGCAACAGUCAUAAAAACUGAGCUGUCUGAUGGCUUAAAGAUGAAAAUAUCCUUCAGCAGGAAGCCAGCCAGGCCCAGUGAGGUUUCCCUGGUUGAGACAUCAGCAGAGUCUUCCUUACCCAUGCCAAGACGGAGCUAUGGCUUCCGCAGGACUCCAGAUCGGCAGCAGCGAGCAGCAGCAGCACGCCUUGAAAGCUCAAAGGCUUUGCCUCAUUUUUCUACCUCAAACAUUUUGUGUGAACCAGUAAUGCACCCCUUCCAACUAGAGCCAGAGAUGCAAGGUAUAGGUAUGCCAAAGCGCAAGUUGAGGCGGAUAGAUUCCUUCUGCACAGGAGAGCCAGUUGGUGAAAAUGACCCACAGGGACUUUCUCAAGGCCUGGUGAAUGUAAAGAACCCAAAAGUAGAAAGUCCACUGUCUCGUUGUCCCAAAGCCAGGGGUCACACCUCACCAUCUGUUUGUACUCGUGGAACUCCUGCCAAGAGUACACCAGGGAAAGGUGGGGUUCAGACCUUUAUCUGCCAAUCUUACACCCCCACAACUCAAGCUGUUGGUACCCCUUCACCCUCUAUGACAGACCCUACACCGUGGACACCAUCACCUCAGAGCAGGGGCCGAUCCACCCCAGAGAGCCUCAACAAGUGGCCACGGCGGAAGAGGGCGGGACUCCGGCUGCCUGGGGGAAAGGAUGCAUCCAUGCAGGGUGUGCAGCCCCUUGUUGAAGAGGGGGACGAUGCAGAGCUUGAGGGGGUGUGCCAGCUGCCAGAUGUGGAUGAAUGCAGGGACGUGAACGUUUGGCCUGGCCCUGGAGUUCUUUGCUCCCCAUUUAGGGGGCAGUGCAGUUGGGUCCCUCAAACACCCACACCUACAGAAGAUGUAGACUUUGCAGAGCAAUGUGUGCAUCAGAGCAAAAAUGCUGCAGUUCCUCCAUGUGAUAAGGCCCAGUCACUUUCAAAGGAGGACCUUCCGGCCAUAGCAGUGACAACCCCCAGCACAAAGGCAAUGAGGUCUGUGUCAGCUAGUGGGAUCCUGGCCCUCACAGAGUCCCCUUUGUUUUACACUUUGAAGAGCAGAAGCUCCAGAGAUGACUUGGACUUGUCACCAUUCCACCGUUCCACUCCAUUCAGGACUUACAGCAGGAAGAGGCUUUUAUGAGGCGAAAUCUGACAAGAGCUUCAACCAGUAAAAGCUGUUUAUUUUUCGCCAGUGUUCCGUUAAUUUCUUUUUAAAAAAUCACUUCAGGAACCA